UACCUGAAAACUUUUUGGCAAAGACAGGCUGCACGAGUUUUUGAACUAAAUUAGUAAUCGGAGGUACACAACGUUCGCUUACGGAAUAAUAUGGCUUCGAAAUUAACCGCAUCUCAGGCGUUGGGCACAGAUGGUACUGAUUUUUUACACAGACAACGAAUCGCCGCACAGUAUCAAUUCAGCGCCAUGAAUAAGUCCAGAUUAAAGUAUUGUAUAUUUUUCCACUAUUUACUAUUUUUUGUAAUGCUGGCGAAAUUAUCCGCUGACAUACUUGAUCACUUGGAUAUAUUUGUGUUGGAAAUUGAAGAGCUACAAAUACCACAGCCGCUCUGGUGGGAAUACAUAUGGUGCGGAAGCUUAUUACUUUCAUUUUUAGCUUUAUCUGCAAUACGCUACAAUAGAAUUAAGACAAUACAGAGGUAUAUGUUUGGAAUUGUGGUACUUGGUUAUGGUCCACUCAUCUAUGGUGUAGUAUACUAUUUCAAAGAUGUCUGGACUUAUUUGACUACAAACGACAAAGAAAAUAUACAAAUUUGGCAGGGAAUGCCAUAUGGGUUACUAUGGUAUGCAUUUCUGCUUCUUGCCUCUCAAGUACAUUUCUUUUCGUUAUACUUCUCCUGGAAUCUCCAGUCAGCUUGGAAAGCUCGUGGAUCGAAAAAAACUGAGUAAAGAUAUGUUCAAGGAGUUCCAGUGAGAACGA